AUGGUGGGCUCCAUCGAUAACGAUUUCUGUGGAACUGAUAUGACAAUCGGAAAUGACUCGGCCCUGCACAGAAUUAUUGAGGUGGUGGAUGCCAUCAUGACCACUGCUCAGAGCCACCAAAGGACCUUUGUUUUGGAAGUCAUGGGGCAACACUGUGGGUACCUGACCUUGGUCAGUGCCUUAGCUUGUGGAGCUGACUGGGUCUUCCUCCCUGAACUUCAGGCCAAUGUGGAGCAUUUGACAGAAAAGAUGAAGACAAGCAUCCAAAGAGGCCUUGUACUAAGGAAUGAAAAUUGCAAUGAGAACUACACCACGGAUUUCAUGUACCAGCUGUACUCAGAGGAGGGAAGAGGCAUUUUUGACUGCAGAAAGAAUGUACUCGGACACAUGCAGCAGGGAGGAGCCCCAUCACCAUUCGACAGGAACUUCGGCACAAAAAUCUCAGCCAAAGCUAUUCAGUGGAUUUCACGGAAGCUGAAAGAAUGUUAUAGAAAAGGCAGAGUAUUUGCUAACACAGAGGACUCCGUCUGCCUGCUAGGAAUGCGCAGGCGUGCUUUCGUCUUCCAGCCAGUCAUGCAGCUGAGGGAUGAAAUGGACUUCAACCACAGAAUUCCAAAAGAGCAGUGGUGGCUGAAGCUGCGACCAGUGAUGAAGACCCUGGCCAAAUACAAGACAAGCUAUGACAUAUCAGACUCUGGCCAGCUGGAACAUGUUCAUGUUAGAUGA